AUGUCAACAGAAUACUAUUCGGAGACCAAGUCCUUGGCAAAGCAAGCGCCGGGGCUGGACCAAGACUGGCCCAACACGUACCUGCGGCCGCUGCUGGAGUGUAUGGGCCUCGCAGAUGAACUUUAUGGACAUUCGACCUUGGCCUGCUGCGAGAUUAUCGCCGAGAUGUGCUACAAGGAGGUCCCGAUGCUUUGCCACCAGCUGACAGGCGACAAGGAGCUGAUGGAUCUCUUCCAGGCCGUGUGCCGCCAGCACAUGGGACCUGGCACGUUCGAAGUCAUCACGACAUCGACGCCGAUCCUCGUGAAGUUCCUGGCCCUCUCCAUCGACGUUGUUUCGAAAAAGUGCCUCCUCACGUCCCAGGAGGCGCUGCUAUCCAGUGCCCGGCUGGAGGAGGCGACGCUGGCAAGCGCAAUGCUGGCUGUGGCGGCAAGCCGCAAGAGCGAGGAAGACGAGCCCGCACCCUCCCAGGACGCCGCCGAUGCCAUCUUCACCCUCGCAACGCCGAGCCGGGCUGGCAGCAUGUCGCAAGCGAUGUCGCCGGCGAUGCCCCGCCCGAUGCCACAUGGCAUGGCGCAGCCCGGAAACGUCGCCUGUGGAUGGAUGAUGUACUCUGGAUAUCUAGGUCAGAAUUGGUGGUGGAAUCAGCAGACCGGCCAGCGCUUGCCGGUCGAGGAUGCCUGA